AUGAGCGUCCGGCGCCAUCCCUUGUGCUCAUUACCAACCACUUCCGUCACGUCGUCCUCUUCCUCCACCGCUUCUAUAGCGUCGUCCAGUUCUAUCUCUGGCGGGGGCAAGCAAGGGAAUAUCAAAGACUUGCUUCCUCCAGAGGUCUCGCAGAACCCCGAGAGCAAUGCGGUGGUCCUCAACGUGUACGACUUGGACCAGGGCAUCGUCCGCCUGAACACCAUUCUGGCUAUGGUUGGCGUUGGUGGUGCCUUCCAUGUAGGCGUCUCUGUCUUCGGUAAGGAGUAUUAUUACUCUGGUAUCGGCCCACCCAAUGGCCCUGAUGAUCUGGAUCCCAGUGGUGUUUACUGGCAUGAGCCGACUCACCAUGACGUCCACGUUUAUCGGCAGUCGGUGUAUCUGGGUUCGACGGCCCUCACUGAGCGUCGUGUAUAUGAGCUCGUUCGCCGCUUGGGUGAAUUCUGGACUAUUGGUCGCUACGAUCUCCUACGGCGAAACUGUUGCCAGUUCGCGGAGGCUCUAGCCCAGGGCUUGGGGGUGGGUCCAAUUCCCAAGGAGUUUUGCGUCUUGUCUCGCAGGCUUUCACUAGCCGCGGACUCCCUAGGUGGAGCCCUUGGUGCUGUGACCGGUGCUGUUGAGUGGAUAUCGCAACCGACAUCCGAUAGCCAGGCUGUGCCCGACUCGCAGUUCAUGAACGAAUCCAACACUUCUCUAUCAUCUCCCAUCGAAAAGCCCAUCCUCAUUGUGAGAGUACUGCCUCUGGUAAGUGUAGCACCGAAUGGUGGAGCAGCACCGAUUCGCAUCGAGCAAGGAGAUUCGUUAUUUGGUCGUACUAAUCCAAAGCAGCUGCCCAACUUCCACGUCCUCGAUCAUCCAUCAAUUUCGAGGACCCACGCGAGGCUCAAUCUGUGCGGGGAAACCGUCACCAUUGUUGAUCUUGGUUCGGUAAAUGGUACUCGAGUGGUCUGCCCUUGGCAGGGACAACAGGCAAGACCGCAUUUGCUUCCACCGCGAUCACCACGAAGGAUCAAUCUCCUUAUGGACGAGUUCAUCGUGAUGGGCGCGGUGUCACUACAUUUACACCUUUCCUAUCAGAAGCACUGA